CAUCAGCAGCAAACAGCAGCAGCCAAACAAAUAACCAGCAACCAACUAGUCGAAUACUUAACGUCAGCAGCCAUGAAACGGACAUACUUGUUGCUCUGCCUGAGCCUGCUGACCUGCAACGUGGCCAACUCGGCCUUCCUGCGCCCCAUCGAUCUUGGCCAGCUGGGCAAAUCCUCCAGUAUUCAGCAGCAGCAGCAACAGCAACUGCGCGGGGAUCUGAGCCGGGAUGACAACGGAGACGACGACGAUGCCACCACUCUGGCACCCAACUCCAGUGAGGAUUACGACACCCGUCCCCAGUACAGUUUCGCCUACGAUGUGAGGGACUCGCUCACCGGCGACGACAAGCGGCAGGAGGAGAAGCGCGACGGCGACCUGGUCAAGGGUCAGUACUCCCUGAUCGAGCCCGAUGGCACCCGUCGCAUCGUGGAGUACACGGCCGACGAUGUGAGUGGCUUCAAUGCCAUCGUGUCCAAGCAGCGUCUGGAUGAGCAGCAGCAAAGGAUCGCCGCCUCCUCGUCAUCGUCGUCCCGCUUCAACAGCCUCGAGGAGUUGCAGACCCGUCUCACUGCCCAGGCCAUCGCAGAAGCCCAGUCCCUGGCCGAGGCCCAACAGGCCAGCCAACUGCAACUGGAGGCCCAGAGUCGUCGGGAUUCGGAGAACCAGGCCCGUAACCAGGCCCAGCAGCUCAUGGAGCAGUUCCAGCAGCAGGUGCAACAGCAGGAGCAGCAGCGCCUGCAGCAGGAACAGCAACUGAGGGAUCUCCAGCGCCUGCAGGAGCAGCGUGAUCGGGAGGAGCGGGAGCGAGAGCAGCGGGAGAGGGAACUGCGGGAUCGGGAGCUCCGGGAGCGGGAACUCCGUGAUCGUGAACUCCGGGAGCGAGAGCAGCGGGAUCGGGAGCAGCGGGAUCGGGAACAGCGGGACCGGGAGCAGCGUGAUCGCGACGAUCGCCGCCAGCAAGCUGAGCGUCGCCAGAGCCAGAACCAGCGCUUGAUCGAUCAGCAGACCCUUCUUCUGGCCCAAAGCCUGCCCAGCAUCCAGGCCACCGUCGUCUCGCAUCCACCCACUUUGCUGGCCUCCCGCCUGCCCGCCACCACCAGCUCCUCGAGGACCACCACCCUGCUGACCAGGGAACGCGACCUGGAGGCCUGGCGCCAGUUGCCCAAUGCCCGCAUCACCAUCGAUCGCAGCUCCCAGCCCCUGAUCCUCAGCCAGCCCUCGAGUGCCACCGUUCAGGCCCAGCUGAUCAGCUCGCCGCUGCUCCUGGAAUCGGGAAACCUCAAUGGACUGCUAACCACCCGGCUGAACGGCAAUGCCGCCCGAGCUGGAGCCGCCCUGAGUUGGUCCAAUGGACGUCGCCUGCUGAACAACGACCUCUGGCAGCUGGACAGGCUGGAUGACCGUGAGGACAGCCGACGGGAGAGUGAGGAGCUGCGUUCCAACAGCGCCGAACGUCGCUCAAAGAACUGGUAACCCUCAGAAACCAGGACCUACCCACCAAAUCUUCAACUGAACUCAAACGAAACUCAAACAGCGACCUCAGCGAUCUGCCAACCGGACCACGAAUAUGUUUAGCCCUUAAGAAACUAGAUCGAAUCUUGUGUUUACAUAGCCUAGAAUCGGGGAUUUUGGUGAUUCUCUCAGCUUCUUGUUUCAACUAACGCAUACAGCAAACUUUGCCAAGAACUUAACCCAAGCUCUAACGCUUUUCUUCCAGCUAACUUUAGCCCUAAGUUUAAUUGUCUUUGUGUAACUUAAUAGUUAGUCAACUGCAUCAAUGUGAAAAA